GGGGCUGACACCGGCGACAUGCACCAGACCCCCGCUUCAUCAGUGCCCCUGGCGAGCCCCGACUACUACGAAAGGCUGGGCCACCUCCAACAAGGGCUGCGGGACAGUGAAAAGAAGAGAUUGGACUUGGAAAAGAAACUCUGUGAAUAUAAUCAGUCUGAUAUAUGCAGAGUUAAGCUGAGAUAUGUAAAACUAAAGAAAUACUUGAAGGAAAUAUGUGAAUCUGAAAAGAAGGCUCGUACUCGAAACCAAGACUAUUUAAAGCGAUUUGAGCAUGUCCAAGUUCAUGUUGGACGCUUUACUACGAAUACAGAGAAACUUCAAGAACUAAAGACUGAGUAUGAGACUCAAAUGAAGAAGAUGCAUCUACUCUCGAAAGACAGCCUGGGAAUAAAAGGUGAACAGAAAGAUGAAGACAGAGAAAAGAUUGCAACACAAGCAGGAAUUAACGCAGGGACGGCCGUGUCAAGAGGAUUGUAUCAACCCGCAACAAUCUUUAUGGGCCACCAAGUGUCAGCCAUUUCAAGCAUUGGAGAUCUCAGCACAGAGCAGAAAUCUCCCCAGCCUACAAAGAACUUUUCAAUUCCUGACCCACAUUCAUACCGACAGACAGCCCAGAGCAGUGAUGUGACAGACAGCUAUGUAGUACAGACUAGUAGUGACACACAGUGCUUAAACAAGUCUGACAAACUAGACGGAAAGACAUCUCUUCAGAUUGGUGAGAAGACGCCAGUCAGAGCCGGUGUAUUGUCUGAGGAGGAACAAACUCAUUGCUUGGAGAUAGGCAGCAGCACCCGUCACGGCAAGAGUAAUUUAUCUGAAGGUAAAAAGUCUGCUGAACUCCAUUCCCCGUUACAGGGAAGAUUAAGUCCAGAGAACAGAACCACUGAUUUAAAGUGUGACAGUUCCAGCAGAUCAGAGGAAGAAAUACUGACACGGGAACAUAUUGAAGUCGAGGAAGAAAGAGCCAGGCCGCCAGUCUCGGCGGUAUCAGUUUCAGAAGACGGUGCAUCUGGAAAUAAGUGGUCUCAAGAGAAGCGUGCUGCUGGGGAAGGUUUCUCAGAUCGUCUUGCUCAUGGAGACCCAGAGUCACAGGGACUCUUCAGAAAAACACAGGAAGAGCAAGAGGAGGAAAGUGAGAGCAGCAGCAGUGACCUCACAGUUUCCGUGAGUGAAGAUGAUCUGAUGUUAAGGAGUCCAGAACCACAGCCAAGUCCAGGUGACAUGGUAGAGGCCGAAGAUGGAGCAGAGGCCUCGAGGCCCAUCCGUGCUGAACAAGAAAGAGGUGUUCUAUCUACCGAGAGAAAUCUUUGUCUUUUACAAACUUCCAGCUCUCCUGAUUCAAGAAAGGAGUCCGGCACUAACACGCCAACAGAAGAAUUGGCACAAGCACCAGACUCAGACUUACUGAGGGCACGAUUGGGCCCGCAUCCUGCUGCCCUGGAAAACCAUAAUUCUCUCAAAGAAGAGGCAACAGCAUUCUCCAGGCAAGCCCUUCCAGAAGAGUGUGCUGAUGGCUCGGCCCUCUACAGUGACGAAUCGUCUUGUAGCUUGCCAUCCUUUCUGAACGACAGUGGCAGAAAGAAGGGAGCAGAGCCCGCUCUGUGGCUCAGUGGUGCGCAUGCAGGCGAGCGAGAAGUUUCAAGUGACUGCAGACAGGAGAGCAAUGAAGAAAGUGUGGGCUUGGAGAUCCCAGUCACAGAAACGAAAGCCUACCAGUUGAAGAAGUCUGCGCUCCAGGAGAAUACAAAUCAAAGUGAGGGCAGAUUUGAAAAGGCAGAUGCUGCUGGGUCGCAGUUGGCAGGUCUGGAUGUUGGCGGCAGCACGGUCAAGACAAAGACGGCUCACAAAGUCGCUUCAGGAGCUAGUUUUCUAUCCGGCGGCGAAGGAAGUCCUUUGUCAAGGCGUGAAGACAAAAGGAAACCAGUGGCCAAUUUCAAGUCUAGAGCCUUCUGGGGUGAGUCUGACGACAGUGACUCGGAAAUUGAAGCUGCUCUACGGCCGAGAAGCCUGAACACAGCCGACGAUGACUUUGAUGAUUUUUAUGAUUAACAAGUUGUCACACCUGUGGGAAAUAAAGUCUUUAAGCUGAAAGCC